AUGUCUUUUUUUUCAUCAAAACUUUUAUUUUUAUUUAAAAUAUUACAAGAAUCAACAGAAGUUAGUUGUUCUAUAAUUUUUGAAGUAGGUGAACAAGUUACAGUUUCUUUUAAAGAAAUAUUUUCAUUAGUAUCUGAUUUUUUUACAAUACCACUACUUUCAAUAAAUAUGUUGAAUAUUAUUGCUGGUGGUGCCACACCAAUAACAGCAUUAUCAAUUUGUUUAUCUAAUUUAUACAUUGCAGAAUACAUUCCAAAAUCAUUCUUUGUAAUAGGUGAUAUUGUAAGAAUUCCAUCAUUUGAUAAUUUAACAUUUGGAUAUAUUCCUUCUUUACCAGCAUAUAAUAUUUCUUCAACAUCAUUACGAUUUAUUCGAAUAGAUUUAGCUUCUGGACCAAAGUCAUAUUUAAAUGUUUCACCUAUUGAUACAGAGGCAUAUCCUAAUGAUGCCUCAAUAGUAAUUGAUAAUGAAAAAAAUAUAAUUAGAAUAGGCGUCACAUUUGCUGUCAAAUUUAUGGAGGGGGUUUAA